AUCUGGUCCCCAUUUGAUCCCCAAAUCGCAAGAUCAAACCCUAGACUCGCCCCACAGUUUCUUCUAGGUCGUCCCAAAUCGGAGAAGAUAGAAGCCUAGGUAUCGAAGAUGGCAGAUCCAGUAGCGGAUCCAGCUGCUCUGCCAAUCGUGCCUUGUCCGGAUUGCGGCAGGAACGUGGUGACCUACGUUGCUAGGCGCGGGCAGAACGCCGGUCAGCGUUUCUACAAGUGCCGGAACCACAACCCUUCAGCGGGCGGAUGCGAUUUCUACAGGUGGCAGCAAGGCUAUGCGGCGCAUCUCGCCAAUCUUGAAGGAGGAGAAGCUGCUGUGGGUCAAAUCGGUCCGGGUCAGAUGCAGGGUGGGCAAGCGGUCCAAGCUCAAGUUGUGCAGGCGCUUCACGGCCAGCCGGUGCAGCAAAAUGGGCCGCCGGAGGCGUCGCAGCUGCAUCGUUUGCAAGUGCUGUCGCAGGAUAUAUGCUCGCGGCUGCUCCAGUUGCCGGUCGGCAGGGUGUGACAGUCGCCGACGCCGCGUCCAUCAACCUGGUCGUAUCAGUAGCAAACCUGGUAAUUGGGGUGGCAAUUCUGCUGUUGCUUGUGGCAGAUGUUGUCCUGCGCGUGGUUAAUUAGGCGAUGUGGCCGUUCUUAUGUGGCCGAGAUGGCAGCAUGGUUAAGUAGGAUUAGGCUUAGUGUUAUGUAAUAGUACAUUAUGAUUUUGUAGUUGGUCGAAGCGUGGACGCCAAGUGUGAGUGACGAUGUAACCAUGUAGUGCUAAGUGUGGACGAGCUGUAGAUGUAAUGUCGUGUUAUCUAAAUGCUAUGGAUGAACUGAUGGUUUGAUGCC